AUGUCAUUAAGUACGGUAACGAGUAGUGAAAAUACAAGACAACUUCAAUCUUCAAAUAGUUUAAAAUGGUCGUGCGUUAGUUCUUUUUUUCAACAAAUAUUUGAUACUGCAACCAAUACUCGCAGUAAUUCUCUAACAUUUAAAUGUUUGUUAUGUGUACCCAGAAGAAAAUUAAUAUCUGUUUCUCAUACUUCAAAUGCCAAUCUCAGAAGUCAUAUUAAGCUUAUUUAUCCACAAAAAUUGAAUGAUUUUAAUGCCACCUUUAAGAUUAGAGAUGACAAUAGUAGUAAUUCAAUUAAAUCAACAGUCAAGCAAUUAAAACUCGAGGAAGUUGGAAAAACAGUUAAAAAAUUAACUCAAACUGAUUUUAAUGAUGCCAAUUUGAAGUUGAUUAUAAAUACAGUCUCACCAUUUACGUUAAUUGAACAUCCGGCUUUCAUAGAAUAUUGCAAACUGACAUCACAAAAAGUACCAGUAUCGCGAAGAUCAUUAAUGAGGGAUGUGGAGAAGCUAUUUGAGGGUUUAAUUAAUGAAAUGAAAACAGAAUUCAAUAACAUUGCACAUGUUUGUUUAACAGCAGAUUGUUGGUCAGUUUUUCAUAGAGCAUAUAUGGGUGUGACUGUGCACUGGCUUGACCCAAUAAACCUGGAAAGGUCCAGUAAAGCUCUUGCAUGUAGACGUAUGUUUGGCAGACAUACAUUUGAAAACAUAGCUGAACUCCUAGAUAAAAUUCUAAAUGAAUUCAAUUUGCAAAACAAGACUACACUGAUCGUCACUGAUAAUGCUGCUAAUUUUGUGAAAGCCUUUAGAAUUUUUAAUGGAAAUGAUGAUAACGAUUUGAAUGUAAAUGAAGAAGAAAUUGUUACAAGCAUUGAAAUUUCUAAAGUAUUAGAUGUGGACAUGAACAUGAAUAGUUUGGAAAAUUUGACUCUACCUCCACAUCAACGAUGUGCUGCUCAUACUCUUAAUCUUGUUGCUACAGUAGAUAGUGUAGAGGCUCUUAAUGAUGCAAGUUAUAAACGAAUUAGUAGACGUGUUUUUGCCAAGUGUCAAUCGUUGUUUAAUAAACAGAACCAGUCCACACAGUGCGCAGAUCAAAUAAAAGAGAUUCUUGGUCGUUAUCUCGUUGUUCCUAACGCCACUAGGUGGAACUCUUUCUAUGAUGCAAUGAAUGUUAUAACUGAUAAUCAUGAUAAUCUUAAUGAAAUUUGUGUCAAACUACAGUUGCCUAUUUUUUCAAAUACUCAAGAAGUUGGUUUUUUAAUUGAAUACUGCAAGGUUAUGAAACCAGUUGCCCGAGCUUUGGAUAUUUUGCAAGGAGAAAAAAAAAUUUGCAUUGGUUAUUUAUUACCUACCAUUAGCGCAAUAAAUAAUUCCUAUGAUGAGAUGAAAAAUCUUAAGUUUUGUCAACCUCUUGUUCUCAGCUUAAAGAAAGGACUCGCUAAACGAUUUCAAAGAUACAUGACUUGCGAAAACUGUCAAAUAUCAGCUGUCUUAAUUCCAAAAUUUAAACUGAAUUGGGCCAAACCUCAUGACAAAAUUAAUAUAAGACAGCGACUGAUUGAUUAUUUGAUCUCAGAUAAUGAGAAGGAAGAUAAUACUGAUAAUAGUUUGUCACUACCCAUGUCUAAAGAUCAGAUUACUGUUAGUGAUUCGGAAGAUGAUUUUUUACAGUUUGGGGACACUGUAGAAACAGAUUAUUUUCCUAACAAUAACAUACAAAUGUUGGUGGAUAACUAUCUAUCAAACACACUGUUAAAAAAACCUAAUGAUUUACCUUUACAAUUGAAAAAAAGCAUACAUAAGAUUCAAUUCAGCGAUACCCUCAUCAGCUCCUGUAGAAAGGCUGUUUAG